CCAUAAGUCUGACUCUGACCUCUCUCCUUCCAAAUUCCGACCUGCGACUCUCUCUCUAAACCUAUCAUCCAUAUUUGAUUGUUAAUCUUUUGCUCUCCUGUUGAUUGAUCUCGUCGAUCGCUGCUGAUAAAUUCACAGUUCUUGUUCUUCGAUCUUGCAAAAAUGAUCCGGUUCAUAUUGCUUCAGAACAGGCAAGGAAAAACUCGUCUCGCCAAGUAUUACAUUCCUCUCGAGGAAUCCGAGAAGCACAAGGUUGAAUACGAGGUUCAUCGGUUGGUUGUGAAUAGAGAUCCCAAGUUCACGAACUUCGUAGAGUUCCGCACGCACAAGGUUAUCUACAGGAGAUAUGCUGGAUUAUUUUUCUCACUGUGCGUUGAUAUAACAGAUAAUGAGUUAGCUUAUUUAGAGUGCAUCCAUUUAUUUGUGGAGAUAUUGGAUCAUUUCUUCAGCAACGUGUGCGAACUAGAUUUAGUAUUCAAUUUUCACAAGGUAUAUCUGAUACUAGAUGAAUUCAUUCUCGCUGGGGAACUCCAAGAAACAAGCAAGAAGGCAAUCAUUGAGAGAAUGGGCGAAUUGGAGAAGCAGGAGUGAAGAAUUAUGCUGCAGCAGUGUUCUGUAUAUCAACUCUGUUGUUUUGCAUUUUUCCAGUUAUUAUUUUUUCUCGAUUUGAUUACCCAUUAUCACAGCCAAUAUCACUGUCAAAAUACUGGAAAAUGGGAUGUGAAUGACUUUGCUUCCGUCCUUUGUAUUCUCCCGAGUUACUGUUAGUUACAUCUUUGUAAUCAAUUUGAAAACAUCUUUUGUGCACGGAUGAGAUUUAUGUGUAGAUACACUCAAGUUGGGAAUUGGUUUUUAUCAAUUGGUUAUCUUCUCAA